AUGACAAGAGCUGCAAUUCAAUCAUCAAACCUAUUCAAGCCAAUCAAGGUUGGAAACACAUUGAUUGAACAUAGGAUUGCUCAUUUACCAACCACUAGAAAUAGAGCACAUCCUGGUGACCAUAUUCCAACGGACUUAGAGAAAAAGUAUUACACUGAUAGAGCCAAAACUGGUGGUUUGUUGGUCACUGAAGCCACAAUUGCAACUCCAAAAUUGGGUUGGUACCCAAAUGUUCCUGGUAUUUGGAAUGAAAAGCAAGCUUUAGGGUGGAAGGAAAUUGUUGAUUCAGUUCAUGCCGCUGGUGGUAAAAUUGCUGUUCAACUAUGGGGAUUGGGCAGAGUUGCAAGUGGCGCUUUGUUGAAGUCAAAAGGUUAUGACUUUGUUGGUGUUAGUGACGUAUACGAACAUGAAAAGUCAGAAAAAGAAGCUGUCGAGGCUGGCAAUCCACUUCGCCCAUUAACUGUCGAAGAGAUUGAAGAAUUGGUUCAGAAGGAUUACCCAAAUGCUGUCAAAUUGGCUCUUGAUGUUGCUGGAUUUGAUUUCGUCGAGUUGCAUUUCGCAAAUGGAUACAUUGCCAGUCAAUUUUUACACCCAAAGAUCAACACCAGAACUGACAAGUACGGAGGUCCAAUUGAAAACAGGGCCAGAUUCAUUUUGGAAGUGUUUGACAACCUCUUCAAAGUGGCAGAUGCAAAAAGAAUCGGUGUUAGAUUUUCCCCAGCAAACGUUUUUCAAGAGCCUGGCAUCAAUCCAUCAAGUAAAGAGGAUUACACAUACAUCCUUAGGGAGUUGCAAAAGAGAGCUGAUACCGGUAACGAAUUAGCUUUUAUUGAUUUAGUUGAUGGGGUGUACGAUGUGGACGAUGUGCAAUCACCAGCAAAUGUCAAUUAUUUUUACGACUUGUGGAAGGGAGUCAUCCUCAAAGGGGGAAACUACACCGAAGAUAAAAAUGAUGGAUGGAAAAAAAUACUCGAAGAUGCAGAUGCUAAUGAUCGUACUUUGGUUGGAUUCGGUAGGCAUUUCAUCGCAAAUCCUGACCUCCCAGAAAGAAUCAAACAUGGCCAUGACUUGAAUGAUUAUGACAGAUCCACAUUUUAUACAACUUACAACUAUGGAUACAAUACUUACCCAGAAUAUGGAGAGACUAGAGAAUCCGAUCCAGAAGCCAAGAUUGUUCCUAAACCAUUGGUGCACUAA